AUGGAUGCUAUCAGAAAACAAGCUUCGAAGCUUCGAGAACAAGUCGCUCGCCAACAACAGGCUGUUUUGAAACAGUUUGGUGGCGGUGGUUAUGGAGGUUCAGAUAACAUGGUUACUGAUGAGAGAGAGCUUCACCUACAUCAGAGACUUGAGAAGCUUUAUAUAUCAACACGAGCGGGGAAGCAUUAUCAAAGGGACCUUGUUCGUGGAGUAGAAGGUUAUAUUGUUACGGGAUCCAAGCAAGUUGAAAUAGGAACAAAGUUGUCAGAAGAUAAUAGGAAAUAUGGUGCGGAAAAUACGUGUACCAGUGGGGGUACAUUGUGCAGGGCUGCACUAAGUUAUGCGCGAGCUCGUGCCCAAAUGGAGAAGGAGCGUGGAAACUUACUAAAAGCUCUUGGUACACAGGUUGCAGAACCCUUAAGGGCAAUGGUGAUGGGAGCUCCAUUGGAGGAUGCUCGGCAUCUCGCUCAACGUUAUGAUCGAAUGCGACAGGAUGCUGAAGCCCAGGCUAUUGAAGUUUCUAAGCGCCAAGCAAAAGUAAGAGAAAUGCCAGGCAAUUCUGAGAAUGCUAUGAAAUUAGAAGCAGCGGAAGCAAAGCUACAAGACCUGAAGGCAAACAUGACUAUAUUGGGAAAGGAAGCAGCUUCAGCAUUGGCUGCUGUUGAAGCACAGCAGCAGAGGUUAACCCUUCAACGUCUUAUAGCUAUGGUUGAAGCGGAGCGUGCCUAUCACCAAGUAGUCCUACAAACUCUUGAUCAACUUGAGGGAGAGAUGAUAUCUGAAAGACAACGAAUUGAAGCCCCUCCUACUCCUAGUGUGGAUAACAACAUGCCACCACCCCCGCCAUAUGAAGAAGUGAAUGAUGUUUAUGCUUCUCAGACACAUAAUGGAUCAACAGAUAGCAUGGGUUACUUCUUAGGAGAGGUUUUAUUCCCAUACUCUGCUGUAUCUGAAGUGGAGCUGAAUCUAUCUGUUGGUGAUUAUAUUGUCAUUCGAAAGGUGACAAACAACGGAUGGGCCGAGGGUGAAUGCAAAGGCAGAGCAGGCUGGUUUCCAUUCAGUUACACUGAAAGAAGGGAGCGUGUUCUUGCAAGCAAAGUAUCUGAAGUGUUUUAA